AUGCAGCGCGCAGAGCAGCCGGAUGAGGAGGAGGGCACUACGUCAUGCUUGGGCCCGCUGUCCUAUGCGGCGUUGAGGAAACCCGUCGAGGUUGGGGAAGACUGCGUCUCCGGUUGGCCACAGAACAAUGCCUUCUGGACCUGGCCCUUUUUUGGCCCGUUGCUGUUCGAGAACGACACCAGCGACGCGCGGGACCACUGUGCCAAUGAGCGUACGUUCCUGUCGUACUUGCGCCUUUCAGUCUACAUGGCUAUCGUUGCCGUUGCUAUAGUCCUGUCUUUCCAUCUCAAGUCCAAACCUACCGCUCUCGAGCUAAGGAUGGCGCGACCGUUGGGACUCAUCUUUUGGCUCUUGUCAUUUGCAUGCCUGAUGGCCGGUUUCUGCAAUUACAUACAAACCGUCAACAAGUACAGCAGAAAGAUGGCCAUCGUUCAGACAGGGUGGCGGACGCAGUCGAUCAUGUCUCUCAUCGGCCUCGCAAUUAUCGGAACAUGUGCGAUACUCCUUGCUGUCGCCAAAAUACAGAUAGAUGAAUAA